AUGCUCGGAGAGAUACCAUGUAGCCAAGGGCUGGUCCGGAGGUAUUUCAAAGACGUGGCAUACUGUGAUCAAGUCCCGUGGUUACGCAACAUAACAAUCCGACAAAACAUCAUCGGCGACUCGAGCUAUUCGUUCAAUGAGAAACUCUACGACUCGGUUAUCGAAGCAUGUGCCUUGAAGACAGAUUUCUCUCAGCUUCCUGAAGGCGAUCAAACCAUUGUUGGCUCUAACGGUGUGACCUUGAGUGGCGGCCAAAAGCAACGUAUAACUCUACUACGACCAACCGUAUCUUUGAGAAGGUUGACUGUGAUGGUGAAUACGGAGCCAUCCUCAGACCUGGAGCCAGUGAAGAAACCCAUCCGUCCUCCAAUGGAUCAUAUUAUUCGGCGAAACAAAGAAGUCGAUGCUACACGACAAUCUGGAGACACCGCAGUUUAUGCGUAUUACCUCCGGGCUGUUGGAUGGCGAGACAGCAUUUUUCUUCUCAUACUAGGCGCUGUGAGCGUCUUUUGCGACAAAUUUCCAAGUAGGAGCCUCAUUUACAAUCAAUAA